GUAGUUGUUCCAAGAAGUCCCAUCAAAGCAAAAGGUCUCUUAUUGAGCUGUAUCAGGGAUAGUGAUCCGUGUUUGGUUCUUGAACCAAAAAUUUUAUACAGAGCAGCCGUAGAUGAAGUGCCAGUAGGUGAUUACCAGCUACCAAUAGGUCGAGCUGAUAUUUUGGUACAGGGAAGUGAUGUCACUCUUAUAGGCUGGGGCACACAAGUGCAUGUUCUUAAAGAAGUUGCGGAGUUAGCGAAAAAACAGUUUCAGAUUUCUUGUGAAGUCAUUGAUCUUGUAUCUAUACUGCCAUGGGAUGUGGAUACCAUAUGUAAGUCGGUGAAAAAAACGAAAAGAGUACUCAUCGCACACGAGGCACCUUUAACUAGUGGUUUUGGAGCUGAAAUUGCUGCAACCAUACAGGAAGAAUGUUUCUUACAUCUUGAAGCUCCUAUUGCUCGCGUCACGGGAUUUGAUACACCGUUUCCUCAUAUUUUCGAACCAUUUUACUUGCCAGACAAGUGGAGGUGUUUAGGAAAGAUAAAAGAAUUAAUCAAUUAUUGAAUAAGUUAUGUUUAUUCAGCCAGAUUUGAUUAUAUUUAUGGAUUUAAAGAAAAUGCUUUUAUAUUAUUCCAACCGACCUAUGAUUGUGAUCAAAUGUCAUUUGUAUGAAAUUAAUUGAUAUUUCAUUAUGAGUAAAACAACUAUUUUCA